AUGAUUCGGGUUUGGAGAUUAGGUAUGAUCAGUUACGACACCGCGCUGAAGAUUCAGCGGGCACUAGCUCGAAGACACCUGGAUGCAUUGUUACAAGGACGCGACGAAAACUUUGACACACUCCUACUAGUCGAACACAAACCGGUGUUUACUGUUGGAAUUCGAGAUGAAACACCCAAAGAAGAAAUAACAAGACUAAAACAGCUCGGAGCAGAAUUUAAGAAAACUAAUAGAGGUGGCCUCAUCACAUUCCAUGGGCCAGGUCAACUGGUGGCAUAUCCUAUUAUUAAUUUGAAACAUUUCAAAACAAGUGUCAAAUGGUAUGUCAAUAGCUUAGAAGAGACUGUCAUAAGUCUUUGUAGUGAACUGGGUGUAAAAGGUAUACGAUCACCCUACACUGGAGUUUGGGUUGAAGAUAAUAAAAUAGCUGCAAUAGGUAUUCAUGCGUCUAGGUAUGUCACAACUCAUGGCAUUGCAAUCAACUGUAACAAUGAUCUUUCGUGGUUUGAAAACAUUGACCCUUGUGGCAUAGAAGAUAAAGGUGUCACAUCACUCACUAAGGAAACUGGAGUUAUCUGCACGGUAGAUAAAAUAACACCAAUAUUUUUAAAAUGCUUUAGUAGUGUAUUUGGAUGUAAAACUGAAGAAAUUGAUUUUAAAACUCAAGAAGAGGUUUUGAGUAGUAUUUACAGCAAGCUGUUAACCAAUGCACAGCCUGUACCUGAAGCUCCCCUUGUAUCGUAG